AUGGACAGAACCUUGGAAUCUCUGCAAAAUAUAAUUGCCCAAGUACUGCCUCAUAGAGACCCUGCCCUCGUAUUUAAAGACUUGAACGUUGUGGUAAUACUGCAGGAAUUCUGGGAGAGUAAACAGAAGCAGAAAGCUGUAUUUCCAAGUGAAGGCACAGUGGUAUACGAGUCCCUGAACUCUCCCGGUCCUCCAUUUGUGAGUUAUGUCACCUUACCCGGAGGAAGCUGCUUUGGCAACUUUCAGAGCUGCUCAAGCAGAGCAGAAGCAAGACGAGAUGCUGCAAAAGUAGCUCUGAUCAAUUCUCUUUUCAAUGAACUGCCCUGUCGCAGGAUAACAAAGGAAUUCAUUAUGGAAAGUGUUCGGGAAGCUGUAUCCUCAACCAGUGGUAAUUUAAAGGAUGCUGAUGAUCCAAGCACUAGCAUUGGAGCCUACCAUUAUAUGUUGGAGUCAAAUAUUGGGAAAACAAUGCUGGAAUUCCAGGAGCUGAUGAUAGUCUUUCAACUGCUGCAUUGGAAUGGAAGUCUUAAAGCCCUACGUGAAACAAAGUGCUCACGCCAGGAAGUAAUUUCCUACUAUUCCCAGUAUUCCUUAGAUGAAAAGAUGAGAAGUCAUAUGGCUCUGGACUGGAUUAUGAAGGAGCAAGAAUCUACAGGAAUUAUUUCCCAGGAGCUACAACUGUCACUUCGAGAGCUUGAGGAAGCCAGGAAAGCUGGACAAGAACUGAGGUUUUACAAAGAAAAGAAAGAAAUACUGAGUUUAGCACUGACCCAUCUCUACAGUGAUCAAGUUACCACAUAUUCAAACAAUGGUGAUCAAAUGUACCUGACCCUAAACGGGUCUCACAGCCUUGCUGCCUUGAAGUAGGAUUAUAACAGUGAACUCUAACAUACUAAUCCUUG